AUGGGAAAGGGAGAAGGAAGUGCCUCGGCACUAGAGAGUCUCCCGCUUGAAUGCAUCCAAACCAUCCUUGGCAACCUCUCUGACGAUUGCCAUGCGCUCUAUGCACUCUUGCUUGUCAACAAGGCCUGGUUCCACAUGGUGCUACCCUUUCUCUACAAGAGCCCCAUGACUCUCAUCGACUCGACCUGGCCAAAACUUUCGUCUUAUUCUCAGAUCCUCAAAAAGGACCUUCCCCUGUCCUCGCCUGCAUCGGGUUACGUGGACCGACCUAGUUCUCCCAUGAGUGCUGUUGCUGGACCUGGCGUCAUGUUUGACGAACCACGGCCUGCGCUGUCACUUUCGAACAGUAUUACUUCGGCCUCAGGAUCAGGAGCAGGAGUUAUUGACGGUACAGCAGAUACAAUCGGUCGUCAUGGCAGGAGUCUUUACAGCAGCAACCGACGGACCAGCACAACGUCAUCGAAUGGUGUUGGCGGUGGCGGGUAUGGAGGAGGGUUUGGGUACGCCCCACGGACACACAGUCGAAGCAGUAGUCACAGCAGUACGAGGAGUAUGACGGGCGACGCGUUCCACCAGGGCCGAAACGAUGCUGUUUUACAGAGGGAACAGCGAGAUCGGCUGGUCAAGCGGAAAAAGAUGCAGGUCCUUUGGGUUCUCCUCAACUGCACGCUGUCGGAGGAGGAGCAUCUUGCCAGGAUGAGUCGCAGGUUUAUAGAUGAUGCCAACGACGAGGAGGAGGAGAAGGAAGAGCAAGAGCAGCAUGAUCAGGAUAACAGCGAUGUUCACAGCGCGCUGUUGAAGGAUCCGUCGUUACUGUCUCUCAAGCUGAACCAGGAUCUGGAUAUCAAUCUGGAGUAUUUCAAGCCGAUGGUCGACUACCUCUCGUUUUAUACUCAUCAGUAUCACCCAGGACUCCAAUAUAUUACCUGGAAGCUCUUCCCGACUAUGGAUUACGCCAAAACGAUCGAGCGGCGGCUCAUCAGACAUGGACCCGAGCGGAUACGAGAGUUGUUCCUGGAGAGCGUUCAGUUGCAGGACAUGGUAUCACUUGUCUCCCGACUCGAAACGCUCUACAAGAUCAGGACCUGUCAUGAAAAGUGGGACAUCCCGAGCUCGAUCGAGUUUAUGAGGCGCCACAACGAGCUCUUUGGGACGGUCCGGAUGCUAGAGAUGGAGGCUUACAUACCCGAGAAUCACGAUACUGAAAUGAGCGCGGAUUUCGGCCAGUUGAUUGGGCAAGUUGACCAUCUGAAGGUCCUGGAGCUGUCGGGCUUUGAGGCUUUGACUGCGGUACUGGAGGAUAUCCCGACGGAGAACUUGAAGGUUCUUCGUUUGAACUGUGGAUCGCUCGGUCCGACUCCUAUUCCGCCUUUUGCAACGACUGAGGCGGUGGCCGCUGCUGAUAGGGCCUCGAACGCGAGGAUGACGAUCAACACAUUUUUAAGCCAAUGUCGUCAGUUGGAAGAGCUGCUGUUGAAGCCGGUCGACGAGAGUAUGCUUGAGUGGGCUGUUCAGGAACGACGGGACCUUCAGGCGGGAUUGCAACCGAUGACGCCAACAUCACCAUCAUUGACGUCCCUUGCUCGCCCACCACCACAGCGACUGGUGCCUUUGCGGAUUAUCGAGCUCUCAGGAACGGACAGCGAACAUGUGGCCAUGACGAUAUCUCAGGCAGCAGAGGCGUUCCAGGACACACUGGAGGUGAUCAAGGCUAACUCGUUUUCUUACACCUCCAACCGGACCCAAAAGAUGCUCUCCUGGAGAUUCCCCAUGCCCAAGCUGCGUGUGAUCAAGAUUGUCGGCCGAUCCAACUUGCCGUUUGAUUUCCGGUCACUACAGUACUGUCCCGAGCUCAGGAUCUUGGACCUGUCAAAGUAUUCGGGCAUGCGCGGAUGUCAGGAGGCAGGACUGUUGAACCUGAAAUACUUGACCAAACUCGAGUACCUGGGCCUGUCGAGCUUUGAUCAUUUGACGGACUCGACUCUGCGGACGAUCCUGGGGUGUAUGCCGCGGCUGAAGCAUUUGAGGCUGGCGAUUGGUGACACGGCGGUUUCGACGUUGGGGGCUAGUUCUUUUGCGUAUGCCAGUUCAGGGUCAAUUGUUGGCUCGGGAUCUGGAGUUGGCAAGGUGACGGGAUCGAGAACUUCUGGAAUCCUUGGAGGAAGCGGAUCUGGAUCUGGGUCUGGAUCUGGACCUGGAAGUAAUAACGGUGGUGUAGGAGGAGCUUCCAGUAGCAAUAGCAGUAGCGCUGCCGCGGCAGGAGUUGCAUCGAGUGCUGACAUGCCUUUCCGAUCACCUUUUGCGGCCAUAUCUGCGGCGUCAUCGGCUGGUUCAGCCUCGGCGUCGGCGUCAGUGUCUUCGUCUACUUCGCCGGAUCCGGCUCCUCAACCACCAACACCUCAGACAGUGCAACAGCAGCCGUCCAUGGGUACCAUCAACAUGAUUGUCGGUCAGAUCCAGAACCAACAUUCUUCGUUCAGUCACCACCAUCAUAGCCACCAUCAUCAUCAUCAAUACCCUCUAGCACCACCUCCGUCACUUUCCUCGACUCCGUUCCACUCCUAUAUGUCAGGAGCAACAGCAGGUGGACCCAUCAUCGGCAGCGGCAUGAGUAGCAGCAGCAGUAGUGUGAGCGGGAUGGGCAUCGGUAACGGAGGUGUCGGCAGUGGCGACAUGGCAUCCUCGGCACGAUCGACCUCAUCCCUCAUGGACCGUUUCCAUCUCGAGAACACAUACCUGUCGCUGGAGGGGAUCCUGGACGCGAUCGAUGGGCUGUCGGAGGACAAGGACAAGAACCAACUCGAAAAGUUGUCGAUUGUGUUGGGUAAGCUCGAUUUCGACGAUCAUUACCGCCGUCUGGAGCUCUAUAACCAGCAAUAUCAGGAUCUGGAGAUUACUGUCUAUCGGUAUGCGCAUGCUGUGUAG